AUGUCGUCGCUUUGGGAUACCCUUUCUGGUCGCAAGUCCUCUCAGAAGGACGCCGGUGCUUCCCAGUCUUCACCGGCCCCCGAACCUACAACCACCUUCCAGAACACCCCAGCACAGUUCGACCCUUCAGCAGGAUCUGGCGUCGAGUCUUUCCUUCAGAGCUCAUCCUUUGCCGACCCCGCGCAACUACACCCCCUCUCUGGACUGAACAAGGACACACUCGAAUACCUUUCUCUCGAAGAUGCGGCUCUGGCGGAUGUCCCUGGCCAGUCUGCCCUCCCCUCCCGAGGCUUCACCGAUGACCUUUGCUACGGAACGGGAGUCACAUACUUGGCAGCCUUGUCGAUAGGAGGAGCCUGGGGACUGCAAGAGGGUCUGAGGAGAUCAGCCAACCAGCCGCCGAAGCUACGACUUAACUCAGUGCUUAACGCCGUCACUCGCCGUGGCCCCUUCCUGGGUAACUCCGCUGGUGUCGUUGCCAUUACCUACAACUUUUUCAACGCGGGUAUCGGCUACUUCAGGGGAAAGCACGACUCUGCCAACACGAUCUUGGCUGGCGCUUUUAGUGGAAUGGUUUUCAAGAGCACAAGGGGUGUGCGGCCCAUGUUGAUUUCCGGUGGUGUUGUGGCCUCCGUGGCCGGUGCCUGGGCUGUUGUCCGCAGUACUUUCUUCUCUGCCCCCGAGCCUAUUACUUCCGAGCAUGCCACCUUGUAA